AUGUCACAAAUUGUUCACGAAUUGAAUGCUAUUGAGACACAUAAACGGUGGCAAUACUUAUCAUAUGAAUGGCAUAAUUGGUCCACGAAUUGGUGUCAAUUCUCUGGCAUUCCGUUUGCCUUAAAGUUUGAGCACAACUUCCGUCACUCGCAUCCGCACCGACUGGUGUGGCUCCGAGAGCACUGGAAUUACUCGCUAUUCAUUAGCAUUGUUUAUAUUCUGGUAAUACAUGUGCUCAAGAAUCUCAUGAAUAACCGAAAGCCAUUCAGUUUACGACAUGUGCUAAUCGUAUGGAAUACAGGGUUAGCCCUAUUUUCAAUCACCGCUGCCAUCAGAUGUUUGCCUGAAUUCAUGGAUAACUUAUUGACCAAAGGCUUCACUCAAUCCUUCUGUAAUUCAUCCUAUUAUGAGGACAUACGGGUGCUAUUCUGGUACUGGGCUUUUGUCAUAUCAAAAGUGGUUGAAUUGGGAGAUACUAUGUUUAUAGUACUCCGGAAACAGCCGUUAAUAAGACUUCAUUGGAUUCAUCACACCCUCACUCUAUGCUACUCGUGGUUCGUCUACUCAGACAUCCCGUCCACAUCGCGAUGGAUGGUCGCCAUGAAUGUGUCCAUCCAUUCAGNCACAUCGCGAUGGAUGGUCGCCAUGAAUGUGUCCAUCCAUUCAGUGAUGUACACAUACUAUGCGCUGAAAGCCUGUCGCAUACAAAUGGCCCGACAUGUGGCCAAAACCAUUACAUUACUACAGAUCACACAAAUGUUUGUCGGCCUAUACGUCAACAUACGGGCCCUUCAGCUCAGACUAACUGAUGAAAGUCUGUGCGAUGUGUCCGUACGAGUGGUGACGGUCAGCGCCGCCAUGUAUUUUUUAUAUUUUGUAAUGUUUAUCAAGUUUUUCAUCAGUAGUUAUAUUAUUCGUAAACCAACUCUCACUGAUAAA